UUCUGACCACACGUAUACAAUCGGGCUGUUUUCCCUCGACAGAAAUGGCCAGUGGAUUUCUUCGUAUUAACGGAAUAAUAAGGAAUUAUGGAAAAUUUGACAACAUUAAAAGCCAUGUUUCCGUUUUCGGUCUGCUAAAAUCACAUGUUCCAUUGGUGCAAAGUGCCAGGACUAAUGUUAACUUUUUUAACAAAAAACCAGCAACACAAUUAUGGAAGUCUGUUACCAGUGUCAGCAAUGCUGGAAAACGACGAGGCAGAGGAAAAGUGGCACCAAGAAUGAAAGAUCUAAAUAGAGGUCAGAUAAUUGGAAUGGGAAAAAUUGAAAUGAUAUUACCCGGACUGAAUGCGGCUAUUACUGAGGACAAUAUUAUGGUUGCACAAUCCAAGGCUCCUCCAAAUCCUAAAAGAGAAAAAGAAUUGCUUCAGUUACGUACUGAAUUACCCAAAAUCAGAGCACAGAAAAUUCAUCCAUUGUUGCGUGGCUGGCAUGGCACAAAUCCAUGUGGUAGAAAGUUGGGACCUCCAGACCCUAUCAAUGAAGAACCGUUUCACGGAUUUGAGAGCUGGGUAAUAGACUUGGUUAAUACAUCCAUUAUGACCAGUCAUUUCGGUCGUUCAAAACGGACCAGGUGUACAGUUGUGACCGGCAAUCAAAAUGGUCUUGUUGGGUUUGCAUCAGCGCAAGGGUCAGACAUCAGAUCGUGUAUUACGCAUGCUAGAAAUAAAGCUGGACGGAAUAUAUUAUACUUUGAGCGAUACGAAGAUCAUACCGUUCUUCAUGAUUUCUUUACACAAUUCCAUCGAACAAAAAUAUUUGUCAAACAGAUGCCUAAGGGCUAUGGGAUUAAGGCGCAUCGUAUUAUUAAAACGAUCUGUGAGGCUAUUGGUAUAAAAGAUUUGCAUGCUAGAGUUGAGGGAUCCAAAAACUGUCCAAAUAUAAUUAAGGCUUUCAUCAUUGGCUUAUUACAGCAGAAAUCAUACCAACAAUUGGCAAAUGAAAAACAGUUGCAUUUAGUCGCAGUAAAAAAAGAGAAUGACUAUUAUCCUACAGUACUUGCUUCGCCGGCUACGACGAGAACGAAAGAGGAAAUUAAAGCAGACGAGAUUAUAGAUUUUAAACAAUAUGUAAUGGAUGGAAGGAUGGUUCUAGAGAGGAAACCUAUUUCACCGUUUUUUACUAAAUUGCCCUCGUACCAAAAUUAUUUGCGCAAGAUGGAACGCAGUAGGGACCAUGAUAAAGUAAGAAUUCGGUUAAGAGCCGAGUACGGAGACAUUUGUAGUUUCCUUGCUGACAAAUACCCUGAAGCAAGUGUUUCGAAAUGGAGGAAACAUGAUAAAAAAGACGAGACAGCGGAAGCAGAAUAGUGUGUUGCCGUACUGUUAUUAUGAGUGUAAACUAUUCGUCAAAGAGUCAUUAUUAAUAGUAAUAAUAAUAGCAAA